CGACGACGAGCUGAGAGGCGUGUUGUUGGUCAACACCAUCAACUUAAAGAUCGAGAGCCGGUUAUUUUUGAGCAAGUCAGUUUUUACCAUGCUCGAGGAGGAUUUAAACCGGUUACUUGCGGGAGAGGAUACGCUUAUGAAGUUGUACGUGGUGUACCUGGGAUAUUUCCAGUGAGGGCCGAGCGGCCAAUGGGAGACGGAAGGACUUUUGGCCGCGAAGGUGCCGGUGCCACACCUGGGUCCUCCCCUCCUUGGCUAUCUGGCUAAUCUCGAAUCAAGCAUCGCGGCCGGCGCACGACCCCCUCCCCCACAUUUCCCGGUGAUGUGGGGAGGAGCACCGUUGGUGCGCCGGCACCACCAACCCACCACACCUUUAUCGGGGGUGCUGAAGGUUGAGUGGUUGGUUGGUGGUAACAUCAAUGGUGAACACCUUCCUUUUUUAUGUGUAUAUAUCUCCGUUUCCCCGGAUUCGAGCCUGUCGCAACCCUGGAAUUUAUAAAAACCUACAAAAUCUUCUGCCCCUCUUUUUACCUUCAUGUGUAUAAAACCCACAGGCAUUUCUGGUUAUGCAAUUUUUUGUAAAAUUGUCAAGCCCUUCUAUGAGUAAUUUUGGAUCCAAGACCCCUAGCGGUAACGCCCGGAUCUUUAACUGCCUCAAAUGCAAUAAAGCAUUCACCAGAGACGAGCACCUAACCAGACACAUCUUGUCGACUCAUAAUAAAUUAAAACCCUUCAUUUGUGGCAUCUGCUCGAGGCCGUUUUCCAGACGAGACUUGCUUUUGCGCCAUGCAAAGAAUCUCCAUCAGGGCCUGGAGAAAAGUAUCAAUCGGCUCCGGAAGCUGAAGAAACGAGAAAAUAGUAUUGGCAGUACCAGCAGCGGCAGCGGCGAUGAGGAAGACGAACCUUCUCACCACCCAACUCGUAGCCAUGCCACCAGCCCACACGAUGAGGCAUCGAAGAAGAUGUCUGUCAGCAUGCUUAUAACCUGAGACAAGUGGUUGGGUGAUUCCCUUGAACUGGUUGUGCGGGGGUCUAUUUAUUUAACGAGUCCAUGAAACUGCGACUUGAGACUUUGCUCCUCGAGUUUAUUUAUCUAUUUAUGACUGAAUGUAUAAAUGUACAAAUUUGUAUACAAAGUCAAUGAGUGGUGGAUUAUAGUGGGCGAUGGAGCACACUUUUAUUAUAAUAGUGUGCUGAAGGAGCGAAGCUGGUCCAUGCCAAAGGCGGUGGAUGCAGAGGUUUUGGACUUUGAUUAUUUGGCGCUUUUGUUUGCAAAGGCCC